AUGUUGGUCACCUCUUCGCAAUCAUCGACUCAACGGCCAUUAGGUUUAUCGGUAGAAGAACUAUUUGCAUUAGAUCAUCAAUAUCGUCGUAUUGAACAACAACAACAUUUAGCACAAUUACAAAAUCAAGCACGUGUAGCAUCAUCAUCGAAUCUUAAUCGUUUAACUAGUCGUUCACUUGAUCUCAUAUCAUCAACAAAUCCUCAUCUUACUGUUCUACCAUCACUUGAAGUACAAGGUCAUGGUUAUACUCAUCGACCACAACCACCACCACCACCAAUAACAACUUCAUCCGUUCUAAAUUAUGCACGAUCACAUUCAAUUGAUCAACUCAGAUAUACACCACCAGUAUUUUCAACGCCAUCUUCGAAACUUUUAAAGCCUACAUAUAAUCAACGAUCAACAACAAAUGAUAGUAUACAACAAAAUUAUCAUUCAAAAUAUCGAACCAAUUUACAGCAUCCGCUUAUGGCUACCAGUACUCCGCCAUCUUUGGGAAAUAAUAUCAUGCAUAAUAUUCCCUCAUCAUCAAUUGAUCUUAAUAAUGAUACACGAAAUUCUUGUAAAUUACGUCGACAACAUCCUAUUAAACGUGAAUCAUCACGUCGAAUUGUUGUUCGACCUGUUGUACAAAGACGACGAGAACCAUCAAUUAGUUCAUCAUGUGAAUCAUUAGAUGAAUUACGUUUACCUACUCGUCCUAUUCCAACUGAACAGUCAAAUAUUUCCAAUCAAUCUGCACCAUAUACACCAUCAACAUUAUUAAUAAAUGAUAUUAUUGAUGAUUCAACGAAAAAAUCAUAUAAUUUAACACGUACAUCGUCAAAUAAUGAUUCAUUAUCUGAUGAUAGUGAUAUAAAUUUAUAUGAAAUGCGUGUACCUAUUGGUAAAACCUAUGAUACAUCAGAUAUAAGUGUACAAUUAGAAGGACCAAAAAUUUUAAUACAUUGUCAUACAAUAGAACCAACAGAUAAACGUGGAAAUUAUCGUAAACAUGAAUUUAAAACAGAAUUAUUAGUACCUGAUAUUGUUGAUGAUGAAACAAUUGUUGCUUAUUUAACUGAAGAUGGACAAUUAAUUGUUGAAGGUAAAUAUCAAUUAUGGGCAUGGGAAGAUAUUAAACGAAAGAGAAAAAUUGAACAACAAAAAAUAAAAUCUUCAUCAUCUCCAAUUCUUCAAUCAACAUCACCUCUAUCACCAGAACCACUAUCAUCAACAGAUUCUACUUUAACAUCGACAAGGAAUGAUGGAGACCUGCAACAAGAGAAGAUAUCACCGUCACUCAUAUCUAAUAAUCAGCGAAUAAUGUAUAAUAAUAAUAAUAAUAAUAAUAUUACUCCUCUAAAUACAAUUGAAACAUUAAAUAAUAAUCGAACUUUAAUUCAUAUUGGUGAAUCAACAAUAUCAUCACAACAAAAUACAGAUACAAAAAGUGUAAGUGAUAUAAUCAAUCGUUUUAAUACAAUAUCUACACCAACUAUAUGGGAUGGACAAUAUACAUUUACAAAUGAUAUUCCACCUCUUCUUAUAUAUCAUAUUCGUUUACCAUUUGAAACAUUAAUGGAUUCUAUACGUAUACAAGCUGAUUCAGAAUUAAAUUUAUUAAAACUUUUUAUUGAACAACAAGAGAGAAAUUUAUUAUCACAAUAUGAACAACAACAGCAACAAAAUAAAAUAAUAAUACGUUCAACAUCACGUUAUUGUCGUCUACCAAAAGAUCAUAGAUAUGAUUAUACUCAUUUACGUGUCAUAUUUCUUAAAGAUAAUUUUAUUCGUAUUGAAUUACCAACGUUAAAUUAA